AUGAGGCAAAGGAUUUUGUUAACCAUCCUACUAUGGACUGGUAUAACGGUCAUGCUCAACUUGGAGAAAGUUGCUGCCCCCGAAUCAACACUUAAACAAAUCCUGCUUGACGUUAUCUAUGACUCCCAAACUGCUUUUGUUCCAGGAAGGCUGAUUCAGGAUAAUAUUGUUGUUGCCCACAAAGCUUUCCACUAUCUUCGCCUCAAGAAAAAAGGUAAAAACUAUGAAGCUGGCCUCAAGGUGGAUAUGAGCAAGGCUUAUGAUAGGGUAGAAUGGGAUUUCCUUGCCGCAGCUAUGGCUAAAAUGAGGUUUGAUAAUUUUUGGAUCCACCUUGUAAUAACUUGUAUUUCGACAGUCUCUUUCUCUAUCCUCCUAAACGGAAAGCCUGGAGCUUCCUUCUUCCCUUCUCAAGGUCUCAGACAAGGAGACCCUCUGUCCCCAUAUCUAUUCCUCAUUAUCUCUGAAGUUUUGUCCCUUAAUAUUUCGACACUUGUUAACGAGGGUGAACUUGCAGGAGUUAAAGUGGCGAGAGGAGCUCCAGAUGAGGACUCUAACUAUGCUUGUCUUAAGAGGAUUCUCCAUGAGUAUUGUCUUGCCUCAAGUCAAGAAAUCAAUUUCCAGAAGUCCUGUAUUUAUUUCAGCCAAAACACCGCUCCUCAUCGUCAAGCAAGCUGCCUUCAAUUUGGGGAAGAUCAAAGAAGUCAACCCUUGGAGAUCAAUAGUGACAUUGCUAAAUUUUGGUGGGCUAAUCAAGACAAAGAUCACGGAAUGCACUGGAAAUCUUGGAAUUCUUUAAGCAGAAAUAAGAAUGAGGGAGGUCUAGGUUUCCGAGACCUGAUGGAUUUCAACCUUGCCCUCUUGGAAGUGGGUCACCGAUCUUCUUGGUUAUGGGCAAGCCUCAUUGCAAGUAGAGAUAAGGUUCUUAAGCAUGCUAGGGUUCAGAUUUUAAGUGAUGAUAAUAUUCGUAUUUGGACAGAUAGAUAA